AUGAAGAAAGAAAGGGAGGAAGAACAAGCUCAGUUCGUCAAAAGCCUUUCUAACCUGAGACCUAUUCAGGUCAAUGCAGAUGGUUCUGCAUCCUUUGAGCUUGACAUGGACCUUAUUGACCCAAGCAGCUCCAUAUUCCUGUACAAGGAUGGUGAAAUGGUUCCGUAUACAAAGGAGUUGGGAGAUAAGUUAAAGCACAGCCUCAAACAAGUGGGGAAAAAGUAUAUUUUCAGUAUCAGGGAUCUUAUGCCAGAUGACGCUGGACUGUAUCAGUUGGAUGUAGAGGAUGUGAAUAUGUUUUCCACUGAUUUUAAAAUCCCCAUGGUGGAUUUCUUGGUGAAAAUUCAGGAAGUUAAGGCAAUCGAGAGAGAAGAUGCUGUCUUUGAGUGUGUCCUGUCAAAUCCCUUCUCCAAGAUUUUGUGGUUUGGCAAGAAUUUGCCACUGGAACAAGGGGAUAAAUAUGAUAUCCAGGUUUCAGAAGACAAGCUCAUUCACAGACUGGUAGUCAAAGACUGUAUGAUAGUAGACAAAGGAAUUUAUUCUGCCUGUGCAGGAAUAAAAUCUUGCAAUGCAUGGCUUGUUGUUGAAGCCGAUAAAGAUGCGCAAAAGGGGAAAAAAUCAGCAAGGAAAACAACAAGGGCAGGAGGAUCUGGGAUGGAUUUGCAGAAGAUUGCCCAGGAGCAACAAGUAAAACUAGAAAAGGAGAGAGAGGAAAGGAAAGAACAAAUUAAAGCUGCAAAAGAAGCUGUGGCAGCUGCACCCCCACCUCAUGCACCCACUAAAGCUGCAGCUGUGGCUGAACCUAAAGAACCGAAACAUCCUGAACCAAGAAUGGAAAAAAGCCCCGAUCCACCGGUUGUGGAGGAAGUAAGAACUG